AGAACUUUUGCCCAAAUGUUCCAGAAAAACUAUGCAGGGAAAAUUUUGGAGUACCAUUUAAAUUUGUUGAAUGUGAUCCGUGUUGGUGGUUAUUUGCCUGAUAGAGUUACAAAUUUUAUUUUGCAGUAUCUAAGCAACAGUAUUUCGAAGAUCAGUAUGUACAAUCAGCUGCAACCAAGACUUGAUAUUGUUCUUUUUGAGGUAAUUUUUCCACUUAUGUGCUUUAAUGACAAUGAUCAAAAGCUUUGGGAUGAAGAUCCACAUGAAUAUGUGAGGAAGGGGUAUGAUAUAGUUGAAGAUUUGUAUAGUCCUAGGACAGCUGCAAUGGAUUUUGUGAGUGAGUUGGUAAGAAAGCGUGGGAAAGAGAACCUUCAGAAGUUUAUACGAUUCAUUGUGGAGAUUUUUAGGAGAUAUGAUGAGGCAUCUGUGGGAUAUAAACCCUAUCGACAGAAAGAUGGUGCUCUUCUUGCUAUUGGGGCAUUAUGUGAUAAAUUAAAACAAACUGAACCUUACAAGUCUGAACUCGAGCGUAUGUUAAUACAUCAUGUUUUCCCUGAGUUCAGCAGUCCUGUGGGCCAUCUUAGAGCCAAGGGAGUAUGUCCAUCUUAAUCGCAACAAGAAAUAUAUUGUUGUGUUAUCUCUGGAAACUGUUUUGAGAAAAUGAGUGAUACAGGGCAUGUUAUUUCUAUAACCUCCACAAUUAUUAUAUCAUCAACGUCUUUCUUGGAAGCUUGUUGAAAAAACAGUAUGGUGCGUGGGCACAUUAUUUUUCUACUUGUCUUGUUAUUCUCUUGCUUGUAAUGGGGAGUUUGUUGAUGACUAUGGUGGUGGAAUGCUAUGAAUCAUGGUCACGUCUUUGGAGGUGACGUA